GAGGAGAGUACUUGAUUAUUGUGAUGGUGGUGGUGGCAGCAGCUGCGAGCGACUAGCAUAUCGGUGUCCCUAGGAUUUCCUUUAGCGCGUCUCUCCAGCGGGCAGGCUACAUGACCCUAUGGUGUGCAGUGUUUACGAAAGGUUGGAUUUUGUCGACCAAGCUAAUGAAAUGCAAGUUCACGCAACAACUCUGGAGCCUGUUCGCUGCAGACUGCAAAACUUUUUCAUAGAGGGCAACACAAUAAAACGGCGAGCUAGCAGGAUCGGCUGUUCGGUGUGAUGGUCGCUCGUAACAUCCGGAUGUUGUAUGGGGGUAAUUUAGAAUAGUGUAGCCGUUCAGGCAGGGGAGGAGAGCCGGGGAGACCCGGCAGCUUUGCUGGCUUGGUCUUGCACGUUCCGACAUUGUUGUCUCCUUUCUUGGACAACGGGCACGGUGAUAGUGGCACAUUGCAUGGUUGAGACCGUGCUUCUCCCGGAGGAGGGAAGCAGGCAUCGCCGCUUGUUUACAGUCAUUUCAAAGUGCCCUCCUUCAGAAUUUCAUCCCCGAAAAGACUUAGGCUAGGACAGGCGAAGACUAGGAAGGACAGUGGUCUUAGGCUUGACCAAGUUCUUCCAAAAUACUGUUUCACAGCACAGAUGAUGGGGGAUUUUGCAACCCCCGCUGCCGCGAACGGCAGUAGUAUUUGCAUCAACAACAAUGCCAUCGGCAGCGGGCUGAGUGCGAACAACAACACCUCCACGAACAACGUGGGCAUUCCGAAACACAGCACCGUGGUGGAGCGACUCAGGCAACGGAUCGAGGGCUGUAGGCGCCACCAUGUGAACUGCGAGAACCGGUACCAGCAAGCGCAUGCCGAGCAGCUCGAGAUCGAACGCCGGGAGACGGUCACUUUGUAUCAGCGCAGCCUGGAGCAGAGGGCAAAGAAGUCUGCGAACAACAAGCAGCAGAGCAAGCAGCAAGACCCUGAUUCUGCAGCAUCCACAGAGCAGAGAAACAACACACUGAUAGCGCUUCAAGAAACGGUAAAAAGGAAACUGGACAGUGCUCGCUCACCUUUAAAUGGGGACCAGAAUGGCAUCUGUGAUGGCAAUUACUCCCCAAGCCCAAACAACAAGAGGUUACGGAAAGAUCCUGGUUUCGACUCAUUGGGGGGCUUGCCCAACAAUGUACCGCCUAUCUCACCUCUGCAUCAAAUGGACAUCAAGCCAAACCUGGGCAGCAACAAUGGCAACAGCAACAUUGCAGGAAAUGGAAAUGCAGGAAGCAACCACAUCACUGGGCGGCCUGACGACCUCGGCAAGAAUGGUGGGCUGCCUGACAUCAAACUGAACGGGUCGUCGGACCUGGACGACAGCUUCGGUCUCCUCAAAGAGAUGAAGCAAGAGCCUCUGGACGACAUUGGUGGGAUGGAGUCGGCGGACACAGCCCUAUCGAACCAGAACAAGCUCUUCUCCGACUUCAACCUCAACGAUCAGGAGCUCCAGGAGCUGAUCGACGAACUCGCCAACACUGUGCCUGAGGACGACAUGCACGACCUGUUCAACGAGGAAGACGACUUCGACGAGAAGAAGGAGGCCGACUUCACACGACCACCAAACCAGUCGUCCCUCCCCCAGGACCCUCCCCCCUCUGUGCCGGCCCCAGCCCCUCCGCCCCCUGCCCAGGGCAGCCAGAUGCCCAUGGGGUCCCCUCAGGUGCGCCCGUCGUCCUCAGGACCUCCCUUCGCCACUGCCGCCAGUGCCACGCCGCCCCAGCAACCCUUGCAGCAGUCGCCGGCUGUCGCCAUGGCAUCGGGGUCGCCGGCCAACUGCGUGGCGCAGUCGCCCCAGACGCCCACCCAGGCGCAGACGCAGGUGUCCCGGCCGGGCAGCGGCUACAUGAUGAACACAGGUCCCGCCGUCGGGCCUGUGGGGUCAACCUCGGUAACCGGUGGAGGUCCGGGGCCUGGGGGAGGAGGAGGAGGGGCAGGCGGAGGUGGGGGUCCGGUCCCCGUGCCGGUACCAGGCCCGCCUAACGCCGACCUCUCCCCAGCAGAGCAGCUAAAGCAGAUGGCAGCGCAGCAGCAGCAGAGGCUGAAGCUCAUGCAGCAGAAGCACCAGCAGCAGCAGCAGUCGCAGGCCCCGAACUGGUCGCCAGCUGGACCGCCCACCAGCCCUUACGGGGGCCCCUUCAACCCCGACAAACCAAAUAGCCCCAUGAUGUACCCGCAAGCCUUCAACACGUCCAGCGCCAUGGUGCCGGCAGCCAUGGCCGGCAACCCACAGAAGCCCGGCAUGAACAACUACCUCCAGCAGAAUCACAUGAACAUGAUGAAUCCACAACAGCAGCAGCAGCAACAGCAACAGCAACAACAACAACAGCAACAACAACAACAACAGCAGCAGCAGCAGCAGCAACAGCAGCAGCAGACGCCAGCCAGCAGCAUGGCCGCCCAGAGCAUCCUCAGCAAGCAGCUGUCCUACAGCAACACCAAGCCUCUGAGCCACUUCAGCACCAUGGAGCAGCACAUGGGCCAACGGAUGACGCCGCCCAUGGCCGGUCAGGGCAAGAGCCCCAUGAUGCCCUACAUGCAGGGCCCAGCGGGGCAGGGCGGGGGGCCACCUCCGGCGCAGGGGCCCAUGCCGGGCCAGACGGCGCACCUGAGCGACGAGCAGAAGAGGAUGCUGCUGAUGAAGCAGUACGGAGCCAUGCAGUCGCACGCACAGGAUCAAGGCAUGGUUGGGAUGUCCCGGCAGCCAGGCGGCGUGCAGCCUCCUCACGGCGCGCCGGGCGGAGUUCCUGCGGGCGGGCCGAACGCGGUGGGGGCGGGGCCUGGGGGUUACCUGGGCAACCCUCAGCAGCAGCAGCAGCAGCAACAGCAGCAGCAGCAGGCGGCCAUGAUGAAGCAGAUGAUGGCCAUGGAGCAGGAGAAGCGCGUCCAGCUGCAGCUCAUGGAGCAGCAGAAACAACAGCUGCUCCGAGAGAGGCAGCAGCAGCACCUCAUGGCUGAACAGUUACAGCAGCAGCAGCAGCACCUUCCGCGGCAGAUGGGGCAGCCACAGAGAAACCCAUACCCAGUCCAGCAAGUCAGCCAGUUCCAAGGGUCAUCCCAAGAGAUGGUGAGGAACCUGCAGAGCAUGCGUAACGCACGGCUUCUCCAGCAGCAGCAGCAACAGCAGCAGCAGCAGAUGCAGCAAAUGCAGGGCGGCAUGCCACCCCAGCCCGACAUGGGAAUGCCCUACGGCGGCCAGCCAGGCACAGGGGGCGGCCAGGCGGGCUUGUACACGGCGGGCAUGGGCCAGAUGCCCCAGCAGCAGCAGCACCCCAACCAAAGCAGCAUGCCCAUGGGUCACGCGGGGGCACCUGGGCACAGACAAGCGGGCGCAGGACCCGGCGGCAUGAUGCCCGGGGCGGCAGGAGCCGGAGCACCCGGGGGAGGAGGGUACACCCAGGGCAUGCUCCUCAACUCUGCCCUGAAAGGAGGCGGCGUUGGUGGCCAGCCGAUGAGCAAGGCCCAAGCACAGAGGCUGCAAAGCAUGAUGGGAGCUGGAGGCCCCGGCUGGCAGCAGCAGCAGCAGCAGCCAAUGGGCAGCAGGACUACAAACGACAUGGUGGGCUUCGGUGGCAUGCCGGCUGGCUACGGCAUGCCACCAGGACAAGGCCUGCCACGGAUGCCCAAGCAGCACUAUGGCCAGGGGGGCAUGGUAGACCCACGUGCCAUGAAUCCCGCAGGCAUAGGCCCUGGUGGGGCACAAAUGAUGCCUGCGCACAUGGCUGCUGCGGCAGCAGCACAGGGCAGGACCAACCAGCCGCGUGGCAUGAUGAUGCCCGGCAUGAACCAGGGCGUGCCUGCCGGCAUGGCAUCAGCGUUUGGCCAGGCAGGUGGGCAGCCCGGUGGGAUGGCCGGGCCGGGAGGGACGGCAGGGGGAGGGGGGUGUGGGGGAGGGGCCCAGUCCCAGGGCUACCAACGGACAGCCAGUCAGGACCUAGCGUACGGCUAUGGGGGUCAGCCAGCAGCAAGCAGUGCGGGCCAGUUUGGCCUGUCGGACGGAACGGACUUGGACUCAACGGACGGUUGGAUGGACGAGUUCUUCCCGGGCCAGUAGCAAACGUAGAGGAAGCAGAAUGUGUUUUUUUCCCGUGGGGUGGGGCUCUGGGUUACAGGACAGACUGAAGAGAUUUUUACGCAGAAAAUACAUUUUAAGGACAUAGUGUGCUUUUGUCCAACCUCCCUGAAAGUGAAAGAAAAAUGCCAUGUCAUGUACUGUGUAAAUGUGUAUGUGUACUGUCUAAAUACGCCACAGGCCAGGUGGAAGAUCUUAUUUGAGAAAAUAGUCUUUCCUGUUUUCCAUGUUGUUCAACGUGAUUUGUUUUACAAUCUUGUGUUUCAGUGGUCUUUCAAACUCCAAACUGCAGAGUAGUUUCCUAAGAGUAAGUAGUAGGGUAAAUAGAAAAGAACUAUUUUUGUUAUCACAAUUACUGCCAUGCUCCCUCUUCUAUCUUACUUAGAGAGUUUGUGUGUGCGUGUGUGUGUGUGUGUGUGUGUGUGUGUGUGUGUGUGUGU